UAGGCCCGGUGCAGUCGGCAGCCGCCGCCAGUCUGAAUGCGGCCGCCGCUUCACUAGGAGGAGGCUCGGCCGGCCGGAGGGAGGGAGGGCAGAUCGUGCCGGUUCACGCCCGGGCUCUGAGCGGGGCCGGAGAUGGCGAGGAACACGCUGUCCAAUCGGUUCCGCAAGGUCGACAUCGACGAGUACGACGAGAACAAGUUCGUGGACGAGCAGGAGGAGGCGGCGGAGCAGCAGGGCCCCGACUCGGGCGAGGUGGACGGCUUCAUCCGGCAAGGUGACAUGCUUAGUGCGUUCCAUGCAGCUUUAAGGAACCCUCCAGUUAACAUGAAGAAUCAAGCGGUCAAGGAGCGGGCACAGGGAAUAGUUCUCAAAGUCCUUACAUCCUUUAAAAGUAGUGAAAUAGAACAGGCAGUUAAAUCGUUAGAUAGAAAUGGUGUUGACCUUUUAAUGAAGUACAUUUAUAAAGGCUUUGAAAAACCCACAGAAAACAGCAGUGCAAUAUUAUUGCAGUGGCAUGAAAAGGCAUUAGCAGUGGGUGGAGUAGGCUGCAUAAUAAGAGUUCUCACUGCAAGAAAAACUAUUUGAAAAAUAAUACAUUCGCUCGGUUGGAAAGCUGCUGAAAAUUGAGGGAACAGCGAAAGAGAAAUAUCUGAACCCAUCUAUAAAGAUUAAUUCAUAUUAAAUGAAAUUAUUUUGAAAAAAAAAACUGUUGGAAUGCUCUUUUUAUCUAAAUAGGUUGUGGUGGAAAGUUUGUGUGACAAUGUUUUGGCCAAGUAUGACAUGCAAGGUCUUGCACAUUCUAAGUUCCUUUACCGUUUUUUACUUUUAACUUUGGAAAUGUUUUGAAACCAAAUAACGACUAAUAAAGACACACUCACAAAAUGGGAAAAUCAUGACAUUGUGGGUGGUAGAGUGUUGGGGAUUUUACCCAGAAUUGUUUGUGCCACGCAGUACUGGUGGAUUAAGACUUCAGUGUCAGUACAUGCAGUAUUACGUUUGAUUUCAUUUGGGUCACUUGUUCCUUUUUGUACAGUUAGUUAGACUUGGUUUGAUACACAUGGCAAUAUUGGCUGUUGCCAGCGAUGGAUUUAUUGUGAAGUGCCUGCUGCAAAAUAAAACUGUUGAAUCAUUUUUAGUGUUUAGCUUUUGUUGUAUGCUACAUCAUCAAAUAAGUUUGAUUUCUGGUUUGUCUGAAGGAAUCAGUAAGGACACUCCUGGGUGGAAUCUAGUGUAAAGACAAUAAUUUAUCACCAAUAAUCUUACUGGAUCAAAAUUCAUAAUUUGGUUCAAAAACCCAUUAAGAACAAUGUAACUCCAAGUCAUGGGUGACAUUUCCUGCUAAUAAUGCAUAGAACUGGCACUGAAGUGUUUUGCUCAGAACAGUGGCUGAGAUGGGAUAUAUGAAAAUGUUACUCUGCUGUAGUGUGUGGCUCUGGUCAAACUGAACAGAUACUGUCGAGGUAAUUUUAUGACAAUUAUUUCCAUUCUCUACUUGAGCAAAAAUGUUUGCCUGAAUUGGUGAACAUUUUAGGAAACCUUUUGCUUCAGCUGUAUGUGUAUUAAAUUUGUAGGCAUGACUGCUAUUUCAAAAAUGUUAUUAAACUAUAAACUGGUUGAAAUGUA